ACGUCAUUAUAUAACGCCCACAUUCCAGACUUUCCAGCAGUUUAAAACGGGUGUGACUUGAAAUCUACACGGUGCUGAAUAGCUUCUGUGUCUGGUUGAGGCGAACACUUCUGACUGCAAAAAUGAUUUUCUUUCUGUUUAUUGUGGUUUUGUUAGUUGCAUAUUUUAUUAGUCAUAGGAUUUUUGUUCAGAGGAAGACCUUCACCGGCACUGCCAAACUACAUGGGAAAACAGUCAUUGUAACGGGUGGCAACACUGGCAUUGGGAAGGCGACCGCGGCGGCGAUGGCCGUGAGAGGAGCCCGAGUGAUUCUGGCCUGCCGCAGCAAACAGAGAGGAGAAGAAGCAGCGCGAGAACUCAGGAAGGAAACUGGAAAUGAGAGUGUGAUCUUCAUGCAACUGGAUCUUGCAAGUCAGAAAAACAUCCGCUCUUUUGCUGAGAACUUCCUGAAGGCCGAGUCCAGACUGGACCUGCUCAUCAAUAACGCAGCAUUGGCCACUCCGGGACGCACUGAAGACGGCCUCGGGAUGAUCCUCGGUGUCAAUCAUAUCGGCCCGUUCCUGCUGACCAAUCUUCUGCUGGAGCGUCUCAAGGAGUGUGCGCCAAGCAGGGUGGUCAACGUGUCGUCUUGUGGUCAUGAUCUGGGCACUAUUGAUUUCGAGUGCAUCAACACACACAAGAGGCUCGCUCUGGGAUCGUCCGACGCAGAUUUAUUCAGGGCCUACACCCACAGCAAGCUCUGUAAUGUGCUCUUCACACAUGAACUGGCCAAGAGACUGGAGGGAACCAAAGUCACAUGCUACAGCCUUCAUCCAGGGUCGGUAAGGUCAGAGCUCGGCCGUGACAUCAACGAAUGGCACACGCGUAUUAUCAAAGCCAUCGUCAGCAAGCUCUGGGCGACAGACCCGGUGUCCGGCGCUCAGACGACGCUGUACUGCGCCCUGCAGAAGGACAUCGAGCACCUGAGCGGACGAUACUUUUCUGACUCUCAGCUGGUGCAAGUCAAGCCCGAGGCCAGAGAUGAUGGAAUCGCCAAAAAACUGUGGGACGUUAGCGAGAAGUUAUGUGGCAUGAUUUGAAUACACAGACAACACAAUACACUCCAAGCACACGAAUGAUGGAGCCAAGUUAUAUUUAUGCAUGUCCUAAUUACCAUAAUUACGAGAUAGCAACCUAUGAUUUUCUACUCAGAGUCGUUCACGUCCUUAGAAUUAUGCAUAUCUAUGGCAACACUAUGGAUGCCAAAAUGAAUCUGCAGUCAUGUGGUACAGCAGUCAUGUGGUAUAAGUCGAAGCUCUCAGAAAAUUCAGAGUUUACAAGUUGUAAUUAUGAGUUCUACUAGGACAUGAAUGCUUUUUACAAGUUGGAAUCUCGUAAUUACAGUAAUUCCGACAUGGCGUAAAUGCACCUUUACAAGAGGGAAACUCGGAAUACUAGACUACUUAGGGCACACUUAUCUAUAGUAUCAAUAAUAUCUGAAAUCUGUAGAGAUCUGUGAGAGAAAAGCAAGGUUUGCUUCAAAUUUAGCUGUGAAACCAUGUAUAAAUAAGUGAUAGAAAUGAAUAUUUUUCACCAUUUUGAAUUCAGACUAGUGAAAGAAAUCUAUUUUUCUCUAUUUGCAUCUGUAGGUUUAAAUUAUAAUACAUAUCUUUAAAGAGUUUCCCAUGUGCACUUGAAGGCAGCAUUGAACUACCUAAUCUGAAUGUCUUUUGAACUGUAUUUGUUAAAAAAAUAAAGCCAUUUGUAAAUGUAUCAAA